GUGAGGGACUCCCACAAGUGUCCCUCACUGGGACACAUGUGUCCCCAGUCACUACCCACAGUGUUAUGCGCAUAACAGAAUCCUGUUCUCCACCAGACCCAACCUCUUCGAUGGCCGGCUUCUUCGACGACAGCCGGCUUCUUCUGGGCCUCCUCUGCUUCUAGAUCCACCGGAACCCUAAAAUCCCUAGCGAUGCGCCUCGGGUCGCCGCAACGAGAAAACCCGGCCCCGCCGUUGCGCCUGUAUCCGGACCCAACCCGUUGUCCGGCCGGCUUCUCCUCUGUCGACCUUGGCUUCCUCGACGACCGGCUUUUUUCUCCUCUGCGGCUCUGCUUCUAGAUCCUCCGGCGCCGAACACAAAAGGGGAACAGGGAAGAGGAUAGGAAAGAGAUGAAGGAAGUUGGAACCGUGAAAAUGGAAUAAAAACAGAAAAAUAAUAAAGAGACGAGGCUCUCUGAAGAGCACUUGUAGUGAACUCGUCAAAGUGAGGAAAUCUUCAAAAUCAGCUGAGUUUCAUCAAAAUCGUGUCUGCAACGAACUCGUCUCUGCUACAGGAAAUUUGGUGAGUGCUGAAAUGGCUCGUCUGUUCUGCUGAGCCAACUUCCUCUCGUCUCUUCUUAUUUUCCAUUUGUUUAUUACCCUUCCCGCGUUCUCGAUCUCCUGAAGCGAAAAUUGGAGCUCCUUCGCACCUUUUCUCACAAAUCACCUCUGCAAGCUUUUGAAUCCCAGCAGGAGAGAGUUUGUUGCGGAGGUGUUUUUGAGGUUUCUCGUCUGAUUUUGGUGAUUUCGUCUCUUUGACGACUUCACUACAAAUGCUCCUAAGAACUCGUCAAUCCACUCGAUUUUGAUUAUGUACUUGUGUUCCCUUUAGUUUAUUACGCCUUGUGAUAUUUCCAAAGCUGCAACAACUCUGCAUGGGUACUUUUUUGGGAAGUAGAUUUAUGAUAAUAUGGCAUCAGCUAUGGAAUUUCAUUAAUACGUUUAGCCCCAAGGACUGUAUAACAUUAAGACUUACGCUUACUAAUUAAGCUGAAAAAAUGGUCCUGGCUUCUUCUCUAAAAGUGGUUCUAGGCUCACUUGCUUUUGCAAUCUUCUGGGUAUUGGCGGUCUUCCCAGCCGUUCCUUUUCUACCAAUUGGGAGGACUGCUGGGUCCCUCUUGGGGGCUAUGUUAAUGGUCGUAUUCCGAGUUCUAACUCCAGAUCAAGCAUAUGCUGCAAUUAAUCUACCAAUCCUUGGUCUUCUCUUUGGGACAAUGGUUGUCAGUGUCUAUCUAGAAAAGGCAGAUAUGUUCAAGUACUUGGGAAAUCUUCUCUCGUGGAAGAGUAAAGGAGCAAAGGACUUACUUUGUCGAAUCUGCCUGAUUUCCGCCCUUUUAAGUGCUCUUUUUACUAAUGAUACCUCUUGUGUAGUAUUAACUGAAUUUGUCUUAAAAGUUGCAAGGCAACAUAACCUCCCGCCUCAACCUUUCCUUCUUGCCCUGGCCUCUAGUGCAAAUAUUGGGUCUUCAGCAACUCCAAUUGGCAACCCCCAAAAUUUGGUUAUAGCUGUUCAGAGUAAGAUAUCUUUUGGGAGUUUUCUCAGUGGAAUUAUCCCUGCAAUGCUAAUAGGAGUGGUUGUCAAUGCUCUAAUUCUACUGUGCAUGUAUUGGAGGUUGUUAUCAAUUCAAAAGGAUGAGACAGAUGCAGAUGUAGAUGUUGUUGCAAAGGAGGAUGUGGAUUCUCAUCGCUUUUCACCAGCCAUGAUGUCACAUAUUACAUCCUUGAAUUCUCAAGAGUGGAACUCUAGAUUGGAAACUAUAAAUGUGCAAGUCUCUUCCAACUUGAGUGGGAACAUGGGUCAUGUUGAGACCAUUAGAAACCGGUUAGGUUCAAGUGAGAAUGAAAUCCAUAGGGUCCCUAGUGACACGAUAGAUUCUGCAAGAAAUUCUAAUGCAUCAAAAGAGCUGGAAAAAAGCGUGUCUUCUCCAAAAAGGGAGGAGAUCAUUCCUUCAAAGACUGUUAGAUCAAUGGAUAGACUAAGAGACGCACUUUCUGUAGAGUCUUCAGAACAAAAGGAAGAUUUGACCAUUAGAUGGAAAAUGAUGUUGUGGAAGUCAUGUGUUUACCUUAUUACUAUAGGAAUGUUGAUUGCUUUGCUUAUGGGGCUGAAUAUGUCAUGGACUACAAUUACUGCUGCACUUGCUCUUGUGGUUCUUGAUUUCAAGGAUGCUAGGCCUUGCCUUGAAAAGGUCUCCUAUUCACUUUUGAUUUUCUUUUGCGGAAUGUUUAUCUCGGUCGAUGGCUUUAACAAAACUGGAAUUCCAAGUACUCUAUGGGACUUCAUGGCGCCUUAUGCACAGAUUGAUCAUGCUAGCGGGAUAGCAGUUCUUGCCAUUGUCAUUCUUGUCAUGUCAAAUUUGGCUUCAAACGUACCAACUGUUCUGUUGCUGGGAGGACAAGUGGCUGCAUCGGCAGCUGCAAUUUCUGCAGCUGAUGAGAAGAAGGCAUGGCUCAUCUUAGCUUGGGUCAGCACGGUAGCUGGAAAUCUCUCAUUGUUGGGAUCAGCUGCCAACUUAAUAGUGUGUGAGCAGGCUCGCAAAACUCCACGUCUUGGGUAUACCUUAUCUUUUUGGAGCCAUCUCAAAUUUGGAGUCCCCUCGACUCUUAUAGUCACUGCUAUUGGUUUGGUACUUAUAAGAUAAUAUGAGUUCAUUUGACAAAGCCUUUUAGAGAGUGUAUUUUGCUUUUUAGUUGUAAUGUGACAUAAAAAUAAAAGUAGUUUUAAAUAUUUUGGGUUAUUUGUUAA